AUGGGUAAUCCUGCUGAAUUCGUCGGUUAUGCGUCGAUUCUUUCUUCAAUCGUGGUCAUUUCCACAAUGUUGACUUAUUUGCCGCAUAUGAUCAGUUCGAUCGAUAGGAUCAGUGAUAGUUUGAAGGUGGGGUCUUGAUGAAAAAAAUAGGAUAAUUUUGGGAGGGAUUUUCAAGCUUUUUCUGUGGAAUUUCCAAUUUUCUGGAUGCUGAAAAAGUUGUCUCCAGUGUAUUAUUAUGAAAAAGCUUCAGUGGUCACUAUAGAGGUUUCUCGAGGAUUACUUGGAGAGGACACUUAAGUGGCCACUAAACCCACCUCUAUAGUGGCCACUAUUUUUCGUUUUAGUGGCCACUAUAGGCGUUCUCUAUUUAUUGGCCACUUCAGUAGUUUUUCAUCCAGUAUUCCUUCCGAUAACUCUGAUAACUUGAGAAAAAAACAGAUUGGACCAGUUAUGUUGAUCCAUUGACCCCUAAAGUGGCCACUAAAAUGUUUAGGGGUCUAGUAGUAGCACUUAGACCUCUAUAGUGGCUACUAACUGUGCACCACUCAAGUGGCCACUAAUUUGACCACUAUAGUUGCCACUAAAACUUUCACAGAAUAAUGUUACCUUUCAGACCCACAACGACGAGUUCAGCGUCUUGGAGCAGAAAGCUCGCCUAGAACUUCAAGGCGCCAGAGUUUUCGCGCCCAGAGCUCCUCGAGCUGUAACCAAGCGAGAAGCCGAGUGUGGUCGGUUUUUUAUUUUCCGUAUGAGGUCUUUUUUGUGGUAGAAGAUUGGAUAAUCCGAUGAUUUUCUCUGGUAAACACCAAGUAAAAAAGCUCUAAGCCUCUAAAAACCAGUUUUUGUAAAGGAAAAAGUCAAUUUUCUUCAUAGAAGUCUUUAAAUCGUAGAUUCAAGAUCAACUCAACACAUUGAAAACCAAACUCUAAAUAAGAAUUUUAUGAGUUCCAAUCAAUAAUAAUUGAAACUUAGUCGCAUGAUGAAUGGCUUGAAAAGUCGCGAUUCAAGCUUAAAAAACGACUUUGGGGCAUUCCAAUACAAUGGUGCGCAAGUAGUUUUAUGUCGGUUACAUCUUCAAACCAACCGCUCCGCAGCCGCGACGCAUUGAGCCAUUCUCAUUGAGACUCACUUGUUUCAAGCCUACUUUUUAGAAAGGAAAACCAACGUAAUCACAGAUUUUUCGAACGAUUGAAAACUUUUUAUUUACUACUUUUCUUAAAAAUUUCACAAAACUCAAACAAAAUUAAAAUUUCAGCCUGCAGCGGAAAUAAUUUGUGCCCUUCUGGACCUCCAGGACGGCCUGGUCCGAAUGGACAAGACGGGGCUCCAGGUUUAAAAUGGACCUUUUUGGAUAAUUUACUCAUUUUCGAAAUUUUAGGAGAACCAGGUUCGCAAGGAGUUCCCGGUGAAAUUGGAGUCGUUCCAGCUUCGGAAUAUGUCGAGGUUACUUUUGAAUUUUCGAAAUCCUGACUGGGACUUUAAAGGAUCAUAGUACAGUUUUAUAAAGGUCUCAAAGCGAAAAAUUGUCUUCAGUCAUUUUUUAAAGCUUUAGAGAUUUCUAACCAGGUUUCAGUGAAAUAAACGAACUUUUCAGCCGAAAGAAUGUCGUCAAUGCCCACCAGGACUUCCCGGAAACGACGGAUAUCCAGGGCCGAUGGGACCUCAAGGAGAACCGGUAAAUUAUUGAAUGAAAGUCAAAAGAAAAAUAGAAAACUGAUGUGAAAAAGGUUGAAAAAAAACCCCCGGAAAAAAAUAGCUUCGUGAAAAGGUGAAUGUGUGCUCCACGGCUAACUCAAGGAAAAAUUAAAAAUUCUUUUGUUUUUUUCUUAUUAUCCUACAUUUUCACUGUUUUUUCGCAAAAAAACAGAAAAAAAUGGACAUAUUAAAAAUGUCAUUAAAUUAGCCGUAGAGCGCACUUUCACUGGAAUCUCAAGGCUAAUUUCACUUCUCUGUUUCUUAAGAGCUAUUUUUUUAAAAAAACGGAAUCAUUUUUCGGGAUGUUUUUUUGAACUUGUUAUAUCGGAAGAAAAAAAACGAAAAAAAUGAUAAAAUCAUGAAAUUUAGCCGUGGAGUGCGAUCUCGCUAUUUAUUAUUAUUUAUUUAAGAUUUUUGGUUUCCGGGCGUAUUUAAAGACACUGUGCCAUUAUUAAUUGGAAAAAUACAACUCUCAUAAAUUUAUAUUAGAGCAUAGACACGGGAAAGCUGGGUAAGAAAAAAAAAGCGCCCGACUCAAAGCGACUUGCGCCUUCUUGUAUCGUAAAGUCUUAGAAAAAGCUGCUUCAAACAUGUAACUUAGGCUAUUCCACAUCGUUUUAGGACAAAAUUUAGAAAAAUUGAAUUCAAUGGAUCUUCUUCUCUAGGGAGUGGCGGGAGUACUCGGAAACCCAGGCAGACCCGGAAACACCGGACCACAAGGACCACCCGGAGAGGCCGGAAUGCCGGGAGCCGCCGGAAAUCCUGGACCCAUCGGACUUCCAGGCCAGGAAGGCGUCCGUGGGAGCAAAGGUUCAGAUUUUUUUUAUUUUUUGGGUUUCUGCAGGAAAGCCGUUCAAAUAGCUUAUAAAAAAUAGCCGAAAUUUUCCCUAGGACUUGAUUUUUUUGACCUCUUUUCCGAACUAUUCUGUCAUGUACCUUACUUUUCACCUUGUGGAUCACGGCGUUUUUUGUCCACUAUAUUUCUUGCGUGAAAUGUAGUGUGUAGUGUGCAUACACUGCGGCGCUCUCGCACAUACCGUGUUUGAAUUAAUUUUCGCAAAAUUCAAAAUAAUCUCUGAAUUUCCGAAAUUCAGUUGUAUUUUUCACUUUCUGGCGGAUAUUUUGAAACGAGCGGAAUCACUUUGAACACGGUAAAAAAAAGGAAAAAAAAAUGCGGUUUUUUGAAUGAGAAAUCGAUUCGUGUCAUGACCCAUUGAACAUGCGCCUUUAAUAUUCCCUGCUGUUUACGCGUUUUUCCCAUGACGUCACAUGGGAACGGCGGAGAUUUUGACCACGCCCCCUUAAUUUUUGGUUUUUCUUCCACUAAAAAAUCGCCGUGGGAUGAGUGACUAUAUUAUAUUUAAAGGACCAAGCGGACCCAUUGGCCAAAGGGGAGAUGGAGGCAGCAAGGGCCUGCCCGGGUUCGUCGGCCGAGACGGAAACACCGGGGCUCAGGGCCCGACGGGCCCGCCCGGACCUCCCGGAAAGGACGGAAGCCCCGGUUACAUGGGGUUCGACGGCUUGCCUGGACCCAAUGUUCGUUUUUUUUUUAUAACUCUAGAAAAAAGUGAAAUUGGGUUUUUGGAGAACAUAGUCUGUUUAUAGGACCUUGAGUCAAAAUUUGAAAGUGUAAUUUUUGGGAAAGUUUAGAUUAAAAUUUCACAAAAACAAAAAAAUUGAGCUUUUUUUAUUUAUCGAGAUGACUUCAGAGAAGAAAAAAAUCCUCUAUGAAAUGUGAUAAAAAUUUUUCUUCGAAAUAUUGAUUUCAACUAUUAAAAAAAUCGAUAAUUGAUCAAAAUGUCUUCUUUUUUUAUAAUCUGACAAAUUUCCAGGGAGCUCCCGGAGAGGACUCUGGCUACUGCAAAUGCCCAUCCCGCAGUGCCGUUUCCAAAGCAAUCAAGAAAGUUUCGGCGAGCUGA